AUGACGUCGCCUCACGUAUCGUUUAUGGAGAGGACAGAAUCGAUGCACAGUCUGCAGUCGGUGGAGUCUUGCCUGGAGGAUAUCUUUGAGAACGAUGACAUUCAUGAGGAAGAUUUCAUCGAAAGCUGGACCGUGGGGCCCUCAACUGCGCCUGCGUCCAUUUUCACAGUUGGAGGUGGAGAUCAAGGGUAUGGUCUGUCUCCGGAGGAAAGAGAUUAUCUGGCCAGCUCACCCACUCAAAAUGACAACGAAAGGACAGUUCCGGUGCGGUAUUUUACACACAAGCUCUCGUUCAGAGGUUGGCUUCGAUGGUUCUUCAUACGCAAUACAUCCUCACGACUGGCCAUUGCCAUCUUUGACUUCACCCUCAAGAUCCUCAUCUGUGCCUCCUACGUGGUUCGUGUCCAUCUCGAUGACAUCACACAGUAUGAAUGUUACGGUGUUCCAUGUACUACGCUGGAGAACUCCACACACAGUGAGCGAGAUCUCAUAUUCGAGGAAGACCAGGUGAACUGGUACGUUCUGCUGUGGGUUCAGCGAAGCAAUCCAGUCUGGAUUAUGGAGAUCUUCCUGGCCUUUAUCGAGUUGGUCAAGUCUUUGCUAAUGGUUUACAUAGCCACAAAGGGUCACCGAAUGGAACAGGUGAUGAGUCUUACCUUCGUCUUGGAACUGCUGUGUGGUUUCAACAUGCUGAUCACGCUGGUUCCUGUACUGAAGAGCUUGUUUGUUCCUGUGUUCCUCAACUGUUGGUUGGCCAGGCUGGCACUGGAAAGGAUUUAUAAUGACCUACAUCUCACUAGCCAGCGUUUCCAGACGGUAUCUGUGAGGUUGUCAAAGAAGAUGAUUUUGUUGGUUAUGAAUAUCGCCUGUCUCACCUUUACCACACUGUGCAGCAUACAGCACAUCCAGCGAGCUAGCGCUGGCAACCAGAUCUCCCUGUUCGAUUCCUUCUACUUCGUGAUUGUGACCUUCUCCACCGUGGGCUUCGGUGACAUCUCCCCGGACAUGUGGCUCAGUCGUCUCUUCAUGAUCAUCAUGAUCUGCCUAGCCUUCGCCACCAUCCCCAGCCAGAUUGAAGGAAUGAUCUCCAUCUACCGGGAGCGAGAGAAGGCAGGAGGGGAGUACAGCCGCUGGUUCACCACCCAGAAACACGUGAUCGUCUGCGCCAGUUACCUGACCCAGGACACGCUCAUGGACUUUCUCAACGAGUUCUUUGCCAACCCGAAACUCGAGGAACGGACAGUGAUAUUGUUGUGCUGUCAGGAGUUGGACAGCAGCAAAAGGGUCAUCAUCACUGACCCACGCUGGUCUGAGAAGGUCAUCUACAUGAAAGGAUCGGCCCUAAAAGAUAUGGACCUUAAAAGGUGCCAUGCUCAGAAAGCGUACGCUUGCUUUUUCCUGGCUCCCCGACCUACUCAAGACAAAGCAAUGGCGCUUGCAUCAGCAAAUUUUGUUUCAGCUUCAGCAGUCAGCCGCCAUUGGCCAUUUCCAAGCCUCGAGCCUAAUUGUGAAUGCACGUCAAAAUUCUUACACGUUGUGUGCACAUUAGAAUUCUCACAUGUUGUGUGUUUAUUAGAAUUCUUACACGUUGUGUGCACAUUAGAAUUCUUACAUGUUAAGGGGAUGGUCCUGGAACCAUGGCAACAGUUGUAUGGUCGACAUUCAGCCAAUGAGAUCUUCCAUAUUCAGGCUCAGAAGAGCGCCAUCUUCAGUCAGUAUCUCGGACAGACGUUCCCCAAAACCUCGGCAGAUGCGCACUACAGGUUUGGUGUGGCGCUGGUCGCUGUUCUGGAUUCAGAAACCCUCAGCCCGAGGCUGCAGCUCAACCCUGGACCCCAUUACAAAAUAAAAGCGGCAGACAUGUUGUUCUACAUUAGCCUCAACAGAGAGGAGUACUCCAAAAUCAGCUCCUACGCCCUGAAGAAGGUCUCUCGUUGUCAGACAAGCCACUUUGACAUGCAGCAUCCAUCGGAAGACAAGAUGUGUUCAGAAACAGACACUUCGUUUCGCUCCAGAGAUCCGGACAAAUCUUUUAGUCACCGAGAAGCAGACAACAGCAGCAUGUUUGGCGCCAUCUCGGGUCUUCUCAGCCACAACCUGACCCGCGCAGGCUGCAGCCGCAGCAACGCCAGAACCUGCAUGGGGGACACAAGUGUGACGAGUGAUGCAGAAGAUGGCAACCGCAGUAAUGAAGACGACACCCUGAACAUCCCGAGCACAGCCAGGUCGACUAGUUCCAGCAGUUCAGCUCCUCUACUCAGGGGAGACAGUGAGUGCAGCAGUCAGGGAGGAGAACCCAGGAGGAAGUUUGGCAGGGCACAUAAGCCGUUUGACCUCAGCGUUAGCACCGAUGACGACAUGAAUAUGUCGCAGGAAGGACCUCAGAUUGACCUCAGGCACGGUGAAGGUCGUGUGUUGCAAUUUUACGAGGAUAUGGAACAACUCACUAUGGGAGCUCCUCCGAUAACUACAUGUACUGGAGUCGGGCGGGCCAGCUGUCACAUCAGAUCCGCGGUUCGAGAUCCCUGUUGUUUGGAAUGGGGGAAGAGCUGCACGCACUGCACCUACAAGAACGCCAAUGACCAGAGAUGGGACAACCAGUUGAUUAUUCUGGUGGCCGAACACGCUAGCUCCGGCAUGUUCAACUUCAUCGUUCCUCUCAGGUCGUCUGCUAUAGGGGUCAACGGCCUCAGUCCAAUCAUUCUUCUACUUGAGGAACAACCGGACACUUUGUUCCUGGAGUCACUGGCACACUUCCCGCUGGUCUAUUACAUGGUUGGCUCUAUUAAAAGCAUCGACGAUCUCCUGGUGGCUGGGAUUAACAAAGCUAGUCAUCUUGUCAUCGUCAACCGUGACCCCGAGGUCAGCACUGAAGGGGAGGAGUUUCUGGAAGAUUCUGAGACAGUGAUUGCAGUGCAGACGAUCUCCAGGUUGUUCCCGAACACGUACGUUCUCACAGCCCUGAGCCAAACUGCCAACAUGAGAUUUAUGAGGUUCUCGGCGUCCUUGACUCACUCGCAGAAACAGCUGAGAGACUCGACCACAUCUUCUAUGAAAGAAAUCUUCUGUCUUCCAUUUGCUGCCGGCCAGGUGUUUUCAGCCAACAUGUUGGACACACUACUCUACCAGACAUUUACCAAAGGCUACCUAAUCAGUUUUGUCCGGCUGUUGUUGGGCAUCGACUCUGAGCAAGGUUCUGGCCAUUUGUCUAGUAUUCGUGUGAAAAAGGCCACCAUACAAAGGUUCCAGGAAUAUGGGGUCAUUUAUGAUUGGCUGUCAUCCAGCACUGGGGAAAUCCCCUUUGCUAUUUACAGAACAGAGCGGUUGGCUAAAGAGGAAAACAAGGAUAUCAUCGCGCGUAUUUUUGGAGGGGAAAGUCUUUUUGAUCUCCCUGAAAAGCAGAAGCCCAAACCCCCGAAGUACAACAGACACGCCAGACCCAAGUCCAACUCACUGUUCAACGGGCGGAGAUUUUCUGCCGUUUGCAAGUCAAAUACCGUGGACCUGGGCAGCUUGAUACGGAGCCGGCUGCAGACACUGGAGAUGACGCAGGGGGAUUACAGUGAAGUAAAACGAAGACGAAAUAUCCUGUCUUACGUCAUCACCAAUCCUUCACCAUCUGAGAAACUGAGGAUUGGAGAUAUCAUCUACGUGAUCCAGCCAUCCUCCAUGUGGGCCAGACCCAGCAAGCAACAGUUUUACCUACAGCGAAACAACAACAGCAGCAGUCGGCUCAGCACCACAAGUACCCCGCAAGUGCAGAAGAAAAAUGGCGUCCUGAAAACACCAAGCCGGGAGGGCCACUUUGAUGCGGACUUUGUUAUGCCCAAAACGGACAACAUGGCAGAGGACAAGGAUGGCCCUCUUGCGGCUUCUACUCAGUUGUAA